AUGGCAAGUCCACCUUCUGUCAACAAUGCCAAUUAUGAUCCAAAGAAUGAUCCAGCAAGGAAGGCCAAGUCGAAGGACCCUGGUUGGAAGUAUGGUUAUUGGCCGAAUCUUCAAAACCGAGAUGAGGUGACAUGUACCCUAUGUGGCACCAUGGUUCAUGGAGGGAUCAAAAGGCUAAAGCAACAUCUAGCUGGUGGCUAUGGAGAUGUCGUAAUGUGUCAAAAAACCACUACUCCAAUCAGAAAGCAGAUGAUAGAUUACUUGGAAUCCAACAGGAGGAAAAGGCCAUUGUACCUAGAUGAUGAUGAUGAGCAGCAAGAGCAGGAAGGAGAAGCAGAUGUGGCGCACCCAAGUUCAAGGACUGCAACAAAACAAAGGCGUGCAGCCUAUUCAUACAAGGUUGCAGCAGCAAGCAAGGCCAAGGCAAAACCAAAGGGGAAUAGAACAAUUCUUGAGAUGCUUCGAAAAACACCUGAAGAACUAGUUGAUGAAAGGCGUAAAGGGUGUUUUCAGCCAACAAUUCAGUCCAGCACAAAGACCAAAGAGCAGCAACAUUAUGUGGAUAUGCAAUGGGCCUUGUGGUUUUAUGAGUGUGGCAUACCAUUCAAUACAGCAGCGGCAAGACAAUUUCAGAUUGCAAUUGAGGCAACAUCGCAAUAUGGUUCAGGGUACAAGCCUCCUUCUCCCUAUCAGCCAGGGGAUCCAUUGCUUGAAGAUGCUGUGAAGAUGACAAGCACCAUGAGGGAGGACCAUGAGCGGGCAUGGAAGCAUGAUGGCUGCACGCUUAUGUCGGAUGGAUGGACCGAUAGGAGGGGACAACAUUUGAUUAACUUCCUUGUGAAUAGCCCGGAGGGGACUUACUUCUUGGAGUCCGUCGAUGCAUCAAGUGAGGUCCAUGAUGCAUAUAUGCUUGCUGAUUUGCUGGAGAAGAGAAUUCAGGAGAUUGGAAAAGACAAGGUUGUCCAAGUUGUCACUGAUAAUGGGGCUAACUACAAGGAAGCGGGCAAGCUUCUAAUGGAGAGAAUUCCUUCACUGUUUUGGAGCCCAUGUGCUGCACAUUGCUUGGACCUUAUGCUAGAAGACAUAGGGAAGUUGAAGGAAUUUAAGAAGCCUAUUGCACGUGCAAGGCGUGUCACAACCUUCAUCUAUAGGCAUGGGAGAAUUCUUAGUACAAUGAGAGAGAAGACAGAGUUUUGGAAUUCAGUUGAGGAUUGCCUUAGAGCUUCAGCCCCACUACUAAUUGUACUUAGGGUGGUGGAUGGUGAUGAGAAGCCCGCAAUGCCAGAGGUUGCAGCACUUAUGAAUCAUGCAAAAGAGAAGAUCAAGCUAAGCUUUGCUAUCCAAACCAAGAAAACCUUGCUCAAGAGAAUUAUGGAAAUCAUUGAGAAACGUUGGGUGAAACAAAUGGACCAUCCUUUAUAUGGGGCUGCACUGUACUUGAACCCAGGGAAAUUACAUCCUCUCAUAAGAGCUGAUGAUGAUGCCACUAUUGGGCAGCUAAGAGGUUGCUUCCUUGAAGUUCUUGGAAGAAUGGUGGAUGAUAAAGACACUCAAGCCAAGAUUGAUGCUCAAUCCUUGGACUAUGAAGCCCUUAGAGGAGAUGCAUUCUCAAAUAAGAUGGCUAAACAAAACCUUGAGUCAAUGAGCCCUCUUGAUUGGUGGCAUUCAUAUGGUGGCCGUGCUAUUGAGCUUCAACGGUUUGCUAGGCGCAUUGUUAGUCUAUGUGCUUCAUCAUCUGGUUGUGAGAGGAAUUGGAGCACAUUCGAGUUUAUCCAUACAAAGAAAAGAAAUCGCUUGCUGCAUAAGAGGUUGAAUUCUAUUGUAUUUGUUUCCUACAACCGGAAGAUGAAGACUAGGUUUCAGAUAAGGCGUGAGAAAAAAGGAAAGAGUUUUGAUCCUUUGGUCAUUGAAGAGUUCGAUUGGGACAAUGAGUGGGCUGACUCUUCUUUUGUACACCGUCAAGGUGCUCGUGGGUGUGAGUGUGAUGCAAAUGAUCUUAGAUGGGAACAUGUUGAUGAAGCUCUUGGUGCAUCAAGCUCGCUCCGAGGACGCAAUCUCAGAAGGAAUGCUAGCAGCAACCGUGCAAGACCUUCUAGCCCAAGUUUGGUUGAAGAUGACUUAGGUUCAGAUGAUGAAGAAGAUGAAGCAAGUCAAGACCCACAUGAUGAUGCUGAUGUGACAGAUUGUGAAGAUGCUCCUGGUCCUAAUGGCUCCAACAAUGGAGAAGACAUUGAGGCUGCUGCAAACAUCCAUGAUGAAUUUGAUGAUGGAUAUUGA